UGUUGUGUUGUUGUUGAUCUUGUUGUGUUGUGUGGAGCAGGUUGGUGAUGAUGUUGUGUGGUUGUUGUUGUUGUGUUGUUGUGUUGUUGUGUUGUGUGGAGCAGGUUGGUGAUGAUGUUGUGUGGUUGUGUUGUGUUGUGUUGUUGUGUUGUUGUGUUGUGUGGAGCAGGUUGGUGGUGCAGCUCAGCUCCGUGGUGUCGUCUCUGAGAGAUCAGGCUGCUGAGACUCUCAACACCCUCACACACUUCUCUACUCUGUGGAACCAGGACCCAGAGGAGCAGGUCCAGGUCUUCCUCCGGUCCGACCCCUCGCUGACGGAGUUCAGCUCUCAGAUCUCCUUCUACUCCACCCUGGAGGGGCAGAUCCUGGACCUCCCCGGGUCCUGCUCCGUGGGACCGGUCCUGUUCGGCGCCGAGCAGCUGAAGCUGGCGCUGACCCACGAGUGUCGUCUGUGGAAACGAGCGUUCGGCGCCGCGCUCAACCGCCGCGCCGCCGUCGCCAUGGACACCACCUUCUCCCUCCUGGACGGGCUGACCAAGCGCCUGCAGCGGCCAAUCACAGACCUGGAGGACGUCCGGGGCGCCAUGGCGGCGCUCAGUGAG